UGCGUGUGUCUCUCGGCGGCGGUGGCCGGCGUGGGGGCGGUGGCUGCGACUCGCGGCUUCCCCAGAGGCGAUGGCGGCCGCCGCCGAACUGCAGGGAAAGUACCAGAAGCUUGCCCAGGAGUACUCCAAGCUUCGGGCUCAGAACCAGGUGCUAAAAAAAGGUGUUGUGGAUGAGCAAGCAAAUUCUGCGUCUCUAAAGGAGCAACUGAAGAUGAAGGAUCAAUCGCUGAGAAAACUGCAACAAGAAAUGGACAGUUUGACAUUUCGAAAUCAGCAGCUUGCCAAGAGAGUGGAACUACUCCAAGAUGAACUUGCCUUAAGUGAAGCCAAGGGCAAAAAAAACAAGAAAAGUGGAGAAUCUUCAUCUCAGUUGAGUCAAGAACAGAAAAGUGUCUUUAAUGAAGAUCUUCAAAAGAAGAUAGAAGAGAAUGAAAGACUUCAUAUACAAUUCUUUGAAGCAGAUGAGCAGCACAAACGUUUAGAAGCCGAGCUAAGAAGUAGGCUUGAGGUUUUGGAAACAGAUGCUGCCCAGCAUCAAGCAGUGGUAGAUGGUUUAACCCGGAAAUACAUGGAGACCAUUGAAAAACUGCAGAAUGAUAAAGCCAAACUAGAAAUCAAGUCUCAGGCACUAGAAAGAGAAGCCAAGGACUGUAGGCUUCGAACAGAAGAAUGCCAGCAGCAGUUGAAGAAUCUUCAUACAGAUUUGGGCAGUCGAUUGGAUGAAUCUUUAUCCAUCAUCAGUGAAAAAGUACCUUUCAAUGACACAAAAUCUAGUUAUUAUAAUGCUCUGAAUGUACCAUUGCACAACAAAAGAUAUCAACUAAAGUUGCGAGACCUUGCUGGACAGGCACUUGCUUUUGUUCAUGAUCUUGUGACUGCUCUUCUGAACUUUCAUACUUACACGGAACAAAGAGUUCAGAUCUUUCCCAUUGAUUCUGCCACAGACACUAUAUCACCACUAAAUCAGAAGUUCUCGCAGUAUCUUCAUGAAAAUGCAUCCUAUGUUCGCCCCCUGGAGGAAGGAAUGCUUCACUUGUUUGAGAGUAUUACAGAAGAUACUGUGACUGUGCUGGAAACAACUGUGAAAUUGAAAGCCUUUUCAGAACACUUAUCUACAUACAUAUGUUUUCUCAGAAAGAUUCUUCCUUAUCAGUUAAAAAGUUUGGAAGAAGAGUGUGAAUCUUCUCUUUGCACAGCUGCAUUAAGAGCUAGGAAUUUGGAGCUACACAAUGAUAUGAAAAAGAUGACUGCCAUCUUUGAGAAGUUAAACGUGUACAUUAGCCUUCUUGCCUUACCAAGUGUAAAAGCAGAAGGGCUGCUUCGGACAAAUUAUGGUUCAGUAUUUGCCAACAUUGCUGCAGGGCUUCAUGAAUUUCAUGAAGUUAUGAAAGAAAUUUCCAAGCACUACACUCAGAAAGCUACCUUAGAACAUGAGCUUCCAACAGCCACGCAGAAACUUAUAACUACAAAUGACUGCAUCUUAUCAUCUGUGGUGGCUUUAACAAAUGGAGCAGGCAAGAUUGCUUCAUUCUUUAGCAACAACUUGGACCACUUCACUGCUUCAUUGAGCUAUGGGCCAAAGGGAGGAACAGAGUUCAUCAGCCCUCUAUCAGCUGAGUGUAUGCUUCAGUACAAGAAGAAAGCAGUGGCCUACAUGAAAUCUUUAAAGAAGCCCUGUUCUGAUUCAGUGCCUUAUGAAGAGGCUUUGGCCAAUCGUAGAGUUCUUCUCAGUUCCACAGAAAGUCGAGAAGGUCUUGCACAACAGGUCCAGCAAAGUUUAGAAAAGAUUGCAAAACUGGAGCAGGAAAAAGAGCACUGGAUGUUGGAGGCCCAGCUGGCUAAAAUAAAGCUAGAAAAAGAAAACCAGAAGCUAAAGAGUUCACUUAGUGGGCAGCUGAUUGAGCCAACACAAGAACCUUCUGUUUUGUUGAAUGCUUCUGAACAACAAAAGGAAGAGGCUAUAGAAAGGACUCUGAGGGAGCCUAUGAAAAGUACAAGUCUGAUUGCAAUGUUGACCAUGACAACUGACAAUGAAGAGGCUUCAGAUGCAGAGUCCCGUGAAGGCUUGAUAAAAAAUCACUACAUGGCAAGGAUAGCAGACCUCACUUCCCAUCUACAGCUUGCUGACAGCAAAUCAGUGCACUUUCACGCUGAGUGCCGAGCACUUGCCAAAAGGUUAUCUUUAGCUGAAAAGUCUAAGGAAUCGCUAAUGGAGGAGCUGAAAUUGGCCAGUCAGAACAUCAGCAGGUUACAGGAUGAAUUGAUGACCACCAAAAGAAGCUAUGAGGAUCAGUUAAGCAUGAUGAGUGAUCACCUCUGCAGUAUGAAUGAAACCUUAACGAAACAAAGGGAAGAAAUUGAUACGCUAAAGAUGACUAGUAAGGGAAAUUCCAAAAAGAACAAAAAUCGAUAGUUUGUGGCCAAUCAGCUGCCUCUCAGACACUGUUGCUGCUGCUGCACAGAAUUUGCAGAUGCUGAAAAUCUGUCUAAUCUUGUUAGGUCUUUACAGGAAACAGAUGAUAUUGGACCUAGUGAUUUGAUGUUUAUACGUGAGUUUGAAACAAUUAGAACUUGUAACCAGUAAAUCAAACAGUUAAAUGUUGUCAGUAAAACAAAAUUUACACUCCAUUAGGACUUACCUUAAGUUUUUACAGUGCCCUUUUUCAAACUAGGUUUUAAUUUCACGUAAUAACUUGAGAAACUUUUGUAUAUUUUCCAGUUCAAUUAUACAUUAACCAGUUUUCUGUCUGUUUCUGGGUAAAGGUCAACAUGUGAGCAUCCAUACAUUCAGUUACUUGUUGAAAGUAAUCUAAAGAUUCAUUAGAAAACUACUUUUGGCCAUGCAAGCUGUGCAGUUAUUGUAAAUUUUAUUGCCUCUUGCUCUCAAAUUUUCUGGAGUAACUGAGUUGGUUGCUAAAGGAAGCUCAAAUCAAUAAAUUCAUGCUUGAAGUAAAUGGGUUUGGUCUUGUCUUGGUGUAUAUUCAGCGAUGGUAACUCCAGUUCACCACAUUUAGGGGUCUGGGUUUUGAACUUAAGAGCAUAAGUAGCUCAAUCAAGGAGCUCUUGAAAUUUUUCUCAAAGGACUUGUUUAGGGCAUGUUUUAAUUUUGAAACAUACUGACAUAAAGUAGCUGGAGAAGAUGUGAACAUAAGAUGUUGAAAAGGAAUCAAAAUCUCUUUUAACUUCCUCUCAGCAGCAUAACAGCAGGCAGGCUAGGUCAGUCUGCUACUCUACUGCAACAAAGAAGGGUCUAUUAUAUGCAUAGAAGAUUUAAACACUGAAUUUGCAGACGAGUUUAAGGCAUUUUAUGGCAUUUUUGAAAUUUCCUUGAGGAUCCCCGUUUU